AUGGAGGAAGAGAAGGGCGGCGGCGAAUCGUCGAGGGCUUCGUCCAGGUUUGUGAAAGCCGGUGACCGGCAAAUGUUCACAGUGGAGCUCCGACCCGGGGAGACCACCAUAGUCUCCUGGAAGAAGCUCCUGAAAGAUACGAACAAGGUCAAUGGGCCGUCUACCAGUUCUGCUCCUGAGCCUCCUCCCGCCAACGCUCACCCAGCUCUCGAGUCUCGUAUAGCUCCGGUACAACAACUGUCAGGAGAUGAAAUGAAAGAUGAAGCUGCGCCACAUCGUUUUAGCGCUGUAAUUGAGAAGAUUGAACGCCUCUAUAUGGGUAAAGAUAGUAGUGAUGAUGAAGAUCUAAAUGAUAUUCCUGAUGACGAUCAGUAUGAUACAGAAGACUCUUUUAUUGAUGAUGCUGAGUUGGAUGAGUAUUUUGAAGUUGACAAUUCAGCAAUAAAACAUGAUGGAUUCUUUGUUAACAGGGGGAAACUGGAACGCAUUAGCGUACCUGCUGCAUUACCUAACCAACAACCAAAGAAAAGGCGAAGAAAAGAGGCAAAGGGUCCUGGUGAAAAUGAUGAUAGUCAUGUGCCAAAUAAACACGCAAAAGUUGGUAAGACAGCAGCAGCAAAGAUUACAUCGACACUUGUGAAGAACUCAUCUGCUCCCAUUCAAACCGUCACUGUACCCACUGAACACUGUGAAGAUGUGAAAUUUCAGAACCAGUUGAAUGUUUGUGGACUUUCGUCCACAAAGAAGUCUACUGAUUCCAAAACAAUUCUGGAUCCUUCUCUUCUGAAAGUUUCUGAGGGAGAUGCUGCCGCACUGCAAGCGGAGGUGAAGGAUAUGGAUAAGCAGAAGACAGGAGUCCUGUUGUCAAAGGACCCAAGUAACAGAUUUAAAGAUGCAGGUGGAUCCUCUGAUGGUUCAUAUCAGAAAUACCAUGAGAAAAGUGCUUAUGCGCAAACUAAACCCCAAUCUGGGAGACCAUGUAGCAAUGCUGAUGAGAUGGAAACAGUUCGAGCCAGAGAGAAAAAUGGGGUUUGUGAAAUUCCAGACCUUAAUCUCACUGACGGAAAGUAUGCUGUUCCAACAACAAAACCUUCACAUGGGCACAAAAGGGAUAGUUCUAGUGUAAGGUCAAAAAGUUCAAUGCUUGAAAAGGCUAUUACGGAUUUAGAGAAGAUGGUUGCAGAAUCUAGGCCACCUGCUGCAGAUAAUCAAGACGCAGAUAAUUUAUCCCAAGCAAUUAAAAGGAGAUUGCCUAGAGAAAUAAAGGCGAAACUUGCUAAAGUUGCUAGACUAGCGCAGGCUAGCCAUGGGAAAAUAACGAAAGAGUUACUCAACCGGCUUAUGAAUAUCCUUGGUCACUUAAUACAACUCAGAACAUUAAAGAGAAACUUGAAGGUCAUGAUUAGUAUGGGUCUUUCAGCAAAAAAGGAGAAAGAUGACAGGUUUCAACAGAUAAAGAGGGAAGUUAUAGAUAUGAUUAAGAUAAAGGCCCCAUCUUCGGAGUCCAAGGCAUUGCAACAACAAUCUGGAGCAUCAGAUGAUUUUCAAGAAAUUUCCUCUGGAGCCAAAGAACUUUCUAAAAGAAAAUUUAGCAUGGAUGCUGCACUGGAGGAUAAGAUUUGUGACCUCUAUGACCUUUUUGUUGAUGGGCUGGAUGAAGAUGCAGGUCCCCAAAUAAGAAAGCUCUAUGCUGAGCUAGCAGGAUUGUGGCCAAAUGGUUUCAUGGACAACCAUGGGAUCAAACGUGCAAUUUGUCGGUCAAAAGAAAGACGGAGGGAGCGAUACGGCCGAAAUAAAGAUCAGGAGAAAAUGAGGAGGAAAAAGAUGUUGGCACCAAGAACAGAGGAGACUGUUCGAGUUGAGGCGAGUUCAAUUGCCCAGCAACAAUAUAUGCGAGAGAGAUUGGCAACUGAACCUAGCAGUCAUAGUCUGACAAACAAGGUGGUAUCUGGUACAGCAGCAGCUGUGCGGACACCCAGUCCAAUAAAUGGUCCCAGCUUCGACAGGCUUAAACAAGAGAAACUGAAGGGAAGUUCAAGCAAUUCCCCAGACGAUGCGAGGGUAGGUGAUGGUGCAUUGACAAAGAAGAAGGUGAAGAGGAAGCCAGAACAGGAGUUGGAUGAAACUCGUAUCCGGCCGGAGAAAUUACCUUCCCAACAGGGGGAGGAAAGGCACAAGUCCUUAAAGCAGGCUGCUGGUCUGCCCCAUAAAUCAAACCUCCAGUCGACAGUCCUUCCAAGUGUGGAGCAGUCUAGCUGA